AUGAUACAAGCGACUUCUCCCAAACCAGUGGAUCAUCACAAUCUUGAGUCAGUCACUGGGGUCCUGGAUCAGGAGCGUACACAGGCGCCUAGCCAAGCCGAAAAUCAAGACGAGCCACGAGACGCAAUCAAAGCCGAGAGUAGCAAAUUGAAGACUAGCGACAAUGCCGAGAUGCCCGAUAUUGAAAAUUACGAGCCGACAGACGCGGAACUUGCAGAGAUACUAGCAUCGGCGCACACCACCUUCGGCGACGAUGGUUUGUCGACAGAAGAAGCAGCAGCUGCCGACAUGAACGCACAAUUCAGUACCGAAGCGCAUGGCGAAUACGAUACUUUGGCCUCUGAAGACGAUAUUCUUUUCGAAACUUCACCAAACGAAUCGCAUCCUAAGAGCCGGCCCUUCAACCACGAACUUCUUACACACCAGCAUCUCGGCGUCUCAGCACUCGGUCGGCCCGUGGAAGCUCUGAUCCUCAAGGACCCAAAUCGGAUGCAGCGCUCGAAAAAGCAGAUCCCGACCUUUGAACCGGAGACGGCAGAUGCGGAACCUUCCGUCGAGUUGAAGUGGACCGACUACGUUGCAAAGCCGGACGACGAGCAAGACCCAGUGCUCGAGGCAUGGGACAAUAUUAACGAGAUGCGACCGGCCGAUACAAAUACGAUACCGGCACACGAAUACCACAGAUUGGUAGCGGCGCUCGUCGAAGGCUUUACGCAGGGGCAGCUCUCCAGCUACAUCACCAUGAAGCAUGCACAAGAGCUUGAGGCACAAGCGACUGAGGAGUCGCAAACAUACCCUUGGAUUCAAAAGCAGACCGCUUGGCAAGCCGCUUAUCAAAUUGAGCUGGAAAGCAAAAAGCCGAAAUACAUUUGCUCGGCCACCAUUAUCGACAAGAUAUGGAAGCUCCAGGUCCGAGAACAGGUUGAAUCGCUUGGUCGUGCGCUGUUAUGGGUUCAUCCUACCACCUUUCGACUUCUCACAGGGCACGGGAGGCCUGUUCUUGAAGCGAUCCAGCGGGAACUGCUGAAUCCCGGGAAUAACGAGAGACUUGCUGCUAAGUCUGAAGAGUCUCGCAUCGGCAUAUACGCCUCCAAAGCAGCCAUUCCUCCCAUAAUAGCACGGCUGAAUGAAGUUGCGCAAGCUGUCGUCUCUGCUCAGCUCUCGACGAAUCAUAUAAAGAAGGAGAAUUUGUCCCCGCCUAUACUCGAUAACCUGGCAAGCAUAACGAAUACAAUUAUAGAAACGAGCAGCAGUGGAAAUGAUUUGCUUAUUUACUGGAUUGCGGACAGCGACCGUCCAAAGCCGUCUAGCGCGAGGGUAGUUUCCAGCACUAUGCCUGAAGGGCCGGCAGAUGUUGUCUGGCGCCUUCUAAUGGCGGCUCAAACUGUACAUGAAACCGAAGCCGAUCUUUCGUCAAAGAUGAUCACACGCACAGGAAGAGGGAAGAAACCCAAGGGUGCGGUUUACAUGGACUAUCACCGCGAGGAGCGCAGCAAGUCGUGGCGCGAUAAGCUCAGAUCUUGGACGCGCUAUAUCGACGCUGUUGCCAAGCCUGACGACAAGAAACUGCAGCCACUCCAGCUCGCAAGCCGAGUUGAGGUCGUCCAGAUGCCGCCAGCGUCCACCCCAGACGGUGCUAGAGUAUCCGAAUUGACGACCGCCACGUUUGGCCACGUUUUACAUCCCGCAGACACUACCAAAGGAUCCAGCAAGAACAACACCGACAAGAGCCGCCGUAUUCUUUCGCCUGUGAUCCCACACCCAGCCGCUCUAACCACCCUCUCCGCCAGCAACGAACCGGUCACGCAAUCGACCGCCAUUGUCCUCAACUUCUCCCCCGACAUCACCCAACAGGACGGCACCGACGCCGACGGCAAGCUGCACCCUCGCGUGCGGCUCACCCUCCCCGUCGACGAGACCACUGACCUGUCCAGCUUUGAUUUUCCACCCCAUUCUACCCUCCACGCUGUAACGACCCAGCGCAUCCAGGACCUCCUCCUGCCCACCGAGAGCGUCGACGUGCGGCUGACGCAGCAGCAGCUCGUCUCCAUCGCCACGGAUCAGCCCGCGCUGAAGCAGUUUCUCUCCGCGUCUGAGUUCAACCUCCUCGAGGGUCGUCUCCGCACGCCCAGCCGCAUCGCCUUUGCCCUGACCGGCGGCGAUGGUGCGGACACUGCCGAAGUGCCGUAUCUGUUUAUGGGGCUCGAAGUGCAUCAGGCCGUCGAGACGAGCCUCGCCGGCCACACUAUUCGCUACGAGAGCAUCGAGGCUGGCCAGCACGGCGGCCAGCGCCAGCAGCUGUCCCUGCACCGCGCCAGCAGUGCGCCUGGAGGCAAGGACGACGGAUUCCUGCAGCUCGUGGAGGACGUCGCCGCCGGGAAUGUGUUUUCGUGGAAUGACGGCGCCGCGCUCAUGCAGCAGCGCUCGAGCGAAACGUUUACAAUGGACAUGCUCGAGGACGGGGAGGUGGAAGAGGAGCAGCAUACCCUGGAAGAGGACGAGCUCCUGCCGCUGGAAGAGUACGCCGGUGAUGUGCCGCCGAGAGAGGAGGGCGUAAAUGCUGGAGAGGCGCAGGAGCAGGGCGAUGUUGCACGAGAUGAUGCAGUCAAGGCCGAAGAGCAGGGAGCUGGCCCAUCGUGCAACGAGCCGGCGGCGGUGACAGAGGAGAUGUCGGGUAUGCAGGAGAGUUCUCUGCUCGAAGAGUUGACAGUGGAUGACUCUGAUUCGACGGCGGCUCACUGUGAGGCAGAGGAGCCCAGCAAGUAG